CUACCAAACGAGAUCCUCGCCCUCCUCCCCGCCUUCCUCGACAACAUUGAGACCCUGACCAUCGCCUCGUCCAGCUGCCGCCUCCUGCGUGCCAACUUCGCGGCCGCCUCGGCCCCGACCUUCUUCUCGCCGCACCCGUACUUCCUGGUCGCCGCCACAGCCCGGCAAGCCAGCGAGUGGGCCGUGGGCAACGCGACGCGGACCGCCCUCCUGCACGAGGCCCUGCAGGGCGGCAUCGACGGGCUGUACGAGUUCUGCCUGGCGCACGCGGGGCUCACGCUGGCCGACAUCCGGCGCCUGCACCAGGCGCGCUUCGACAUCGUGAACCCGCUCUCCGACCGCAUCGACAAGUUGGCCGGGCAGCAGUGGCUCCGCAGCACGGAGAAUUUCUGGGACGGCGGCGUGAGCGAGCCCAACACCCUCUACACCGACGCCGACCGCGCCACCUUCCAGAUAAUCAUCUACGGGGAGCUGUUCGGGCGCGACAUGGAGGCGUUCCUGGCGGCGGGGGGCGCAAGGCCCUCCCCGUUCACGCCCGUGCAUAGCAUCGCCACCCGCCUGGAGUACAUCAAGUACUGCGUGCCGGAUUUUGUGUGCUACGGCGGCCAUCCGGGGUUCGAGCCGCCGUCGCGAGCUCGCGGCCCCUACGCCCCGCCGAUCGACCCGAGAGACCUGCCCAUGGACCAGCACGUGUUGCAUCAUAUCUUCGUUUGUCGGCGGUGGAGGCGUAUGUGGGCCGGCGCCAUGAAGAUGGUCUCCGGGGACGAGGCGGACGGGGAGAUUGAGCACCACGCCUAUGAGGCAAACUGGCGCCCGCGGUUGUGGCGCGAGGCGCUGAUGACGCAGGGCUUGUGGGGCAUGCAGCUGGUGAUAUUGCCAUCGGAGAAGGUCGACAAGGCGUGGCUGGAUAAAGCGCGGUGGAUGCGCGAGCAGAUCUGGGACCUUCAGGGCCCGCUGGAGAGGCAACUGCUCAAUGACAACUACCGGGAUAAUGUGUCGUUGGCCCCGGAUCCGUGCGAGGAGGUGUACAUCUGCAAGGCU